AUGGGUCUCUGCAUCUGCUGCCCUGGUCCUAUGGUUGAGAUCCAGAGACCUGGGAGUGACAUCAUCUUCAACAAUAAAAUGCUCCUCUGGGUGCGCAAAGGCCUACAUAAGAAAUGCAGAUUUGAGGAGCUGGAGCCCAUAAAGACGAUGUCUGCGAAAGCGAUGGCUAAAGUCAUGAUCGCCAUGCUGGCAGUUGGUCUUCUUGCCCAAACAGACGGGAAACCCGUUAAGAAGAGAGCUGUCAGUGAAAUACAGCUGAUGCACAACCUAGGCAAGCACCUGGCCUCUAUGGAGAGGAUGCAGUGGCUGAGAAAGAAGCUACAAGAUGUGCACAAUUUUGUCAGCCUUGGAGUUCAGAUGGCUGCCAGAGAUGGUGGUUUCCAGAGGCCUGCCAAGAAAGAGGAAAAUGUCCUUUUUGAUGGCAACCCAAAAAGUCUUGGAGAGGGAGACAAAGCUGAUGUGGAUGUCUUAGCUAAGGCUAAGCCUCAGUAA